GGUUUGGGGAGCGCCAGUGAUGGGCGAAAGCGCGCAGGAGAAACAGAAACCAAGAAAUGCCUCUUUCCAAAAACAAAGAAAUGAUACUUGGCAUCGUGGUAGGAACUACUGGAAUCAGCUUGCUUCUCUUGUGGUUCCACAAGGUUCGCAAACCGAGAACAGCAAUGGAUUUACCUAAAUUCCUUUCUCUGAGUAAUCCAUUUGAUUCGAUGACUUCGCAAGAUGAAAUCCAUAUUGGUCAAGGAACAGCAGCAGCCUUUCAAGGAAGGCAGCUUCAGAUAUUGGAGAAGUUAAAUGAAUUACUGACAAAUAUGGAAGAACUCAAAGAGGAAAUCAGGGUUCUUAAAGAAGCCAUUCCAAAGCUGGAGGAAUAUAUACAAGGUGAACUUGGAGGGAAGAUAACUGUUCAUAAGAUAAGUCCUCAGCACAGAGCUAGAAAAAGAAGGCUUGCCACAGUUCAAAGUUCAGCAACAAGUAAUAGUUCAGAGGAAGCGGAAAGUGAAGGAGGCUGCCACAAAGAGGACCAGAGCUUCCAGCCAAAAUGUCCUGCAGAUCCAGUUACUUCAGACCCCCUGCACCAUGGAGCCUCUUCUGUUACUCAGCCAACAGCAUUUCUUAAUCUUAGAACAAUUCGUCCUUCGAUACGUAGAGGCAGUUCACCUAGAGGAAGUAAAAUUUUUUCUUCUCCAUCAAAUACAUCUUCUUACUCAUCUUUCUUUGGAAGAAGACAUUCUUUAUUUGUUAAAUUUCAGAAAAGUGGACAAAGUAGAGCUAACUUUGAUUCUCAAGAAAAAAGAAGCUUCAGUGAUUUAAAAUCUCCUUCAGACCAUUUUUGCUUUAGAUCCGAAAGUUUUUUCUCUGCCCCAAAACUGAAUAUAAUUUCCUGUUAUGAGAGUGCUAGUACUUUUUUUGAUACUCAGUCAAGUAGUCAGUGCAUGUUUAAUCCAAAUGAAGUUGAAAUCAUUUCUAAAAACUCAAGUAUUACUAAUGCUGAAAAAUAUAUAAGCUCUUGUUCUCCUGGCUAUAACACUAAACAUUUCAUGAAUUCUGAAACAAAAGCUAAUUCCUCAGCCCGUCGGGACACUGUUGACAGCAUCUAUCACAAUAUGGUGACCAUCCUUUCUCUUCCAACUCUCAUGUCCUGUUCCUCUCAACAACAUGGAAUUGCCAGCGAUACUCAAGGAGGAGACCAGUUAAGGAACAGUUCCCUUCAUCCUGGUUCUCAAAGUCACAGUAGAAAUAACUGUCCAGCUACGAUUCAACAGCACCCCUCUCAGAGUGUAACUUCCCCUGUUUUCCAUUAAGUUGGAUUUUGUAAAAAUGCUAGUAGCUUUACCCCAUCUCAAAAUGAAAUCACCUCAGAUCCCUUUGAAGAUGAAAACAGUACUAUCUCAUCUAAAGAUGAAGACAAAUCUGCACCUAAUGAAAUUCCUAAAAUAAGAUCACCUCAGACUUUACCCUCUCUUAGAAGGGCAGCUCAGAUCAGAAGCUCUCCCACCAGGCACACUUUUUAGUCUGUAGAAAUCACUGCUCAGUUUUCCUAGAAGUCUCCUCCCUUCCUAAGCUUCACUGCAUAUUGUGAAAAAGAUCUCCACAUUGCAGUGUAAAUUUAACUUUAAUUUCUGUAUUUUUUGAAAGAUAGCUUAUUAACAUUAGAAUAUGGAAGUCAAAGAUUAUUCAUCUGUUUCAGGCUUUUGACAGAUUUACUGCUUAUGGAUUGACUAGUCCCAAAUUUUUAAGUGACUACUGUAAUACCUCUGUUAUCUGAAAACAACAUCAAACUUUGAUAUAUAGGUCUUCUAAAUGUAUUCUUUGAGAGUUUAACACUUUUUUUAUUCUACUCCCGUUAUCCAGAUAAUAUUCCUGUGUAAUCUAUAGAGCUAUAUUCAUCAGUUUACGAACCCCCAUUUAUAUCAGCCUUGCUAGCUUUAUUACUCAUGCCAAACACCUGCUGAUAGACAAUGUUUUUACUAAUACAAAAAUCAAAUCAUAAGUAAAAAAUAUUGUAGUGGAAAUAUGUAGAGUAUAUUGAAACCAAAUAUUUUAAUUAAAUAAUUUUAUUGCAUAUUUGUUUAUGCAUGUCUGGGAAUUCAGAAAACUCUGAAAUCAGAGAUAAAACGUAUAUAUACAU